AUGACGAGCGCAAUCGACGACCCGGCCAUGGCUGUCGACACUGACACCACCAACGACGAGAUUCUCCUCGCUGCCACAAAUCACGACAACGAAGCUCUGCAGCUGCUCUUGCGCAAGGGUUCCGCGAGAAUACAGGACCCAGAGACCGGUUUCUCGCCUCUGCAUGCAGCCAUUGCUUCCUGCGAGCCGGAUAAAGAUCUUGCCGACGAGCGCGUCAACGGCGAGGGCGACGCUGUCCAUGGCAACGCUCUAGACGAAGACGCGGCCCUCUCAACCGUGCAGUUGCUGUUCGAGAACGGUGCCAUUUGGAACGAGCUGGACAACAACGACGAGACGCCAGGAUGCAUUGCUCUGCGCCUUGGUCUGAGAAAGAUCUACGAUGCCAUCGUCUCUGCUGGUGUGAGAGCAGAGCUUCUGUUUGGCAGACUGGACGAGUACGAGCCAUUGCCAGACGACGGAGAAGACGAAGAUGAGCACGACGAAGCCAUCAUUGGAUUCGAGCCCAGUCCGAGCAAUGCGAAUGGCAUCACUCCAGCGACUAAUGGAGUGGCCAACGCUGCUCCGCUAGAAGGUUUCGAGCCCAGUCCAAACCCAUCUUACAAAGUUGAGACAUCUGCGGCGGCCCAACAAGGCGUUGACUCGAGUGUGCCGGUCGUUGUCCAGACCGACGAGUCUGGCGAGCUCUCUUCCGCGGAAGCUGGCCUCUCUAACCCCAACGUCAACAGCGAAGACUAUCUGCGCUCAAAGCUCACCUACUCCGAGGGCCGCCUUCUGGACUCAGACAAGAAUGCGGUCAUGAUGGAUUGGGAGACCGAGAUCAUGAAGGCUUCAGCAGACCAGCUCUGUCCGAGAAAGGGACUGCGAACGAUGAAUAUUGGGCACGGAAUGGGUAUUGUGGAUCGCAUGUUCCUCGAGAACGAGCCAGAGAUGCACCACAUUAUUGAGGCUCAUCCGGAGGUCAUGCAGCACAUGCGUGAGACCGGCUGGUACGACAAGCCCAACGUAACCGUCCACGAGGGUAGAUGGCAGGAUGUGCUACCGAGACUUGUUGAGCAAGGCGUUGUGCUUGAUGGCGUCUACUACGACACGUACGCAGAGGAUUACAAGGACCUCAAGGAGCUUUUCACGGAGUAUGUCAUUGCGCUGUUGGAUAGCAAGGGCAAGUUCGGCUUCUACAACGGACUGGGCGCAGAUCGGCAAAUCUGCUACGACGUCUACACAAAGGUACGUACUCUCCAGAAUGCAGACUCGCGAGCAAGAGCUUCCACGCACACGCAAUGCGCUCUGUACGCGGACAUUGUCGGGUGUUACAGCAUCAACUUCAGGCGUACCACAGCCUCUCAGGGCUCAUGCUGGUAUGCUGCUGCAUGUGCUGGACAACGCACCCUUCUGGCUUUGCCAUCACACGUCAUGGGUCUUGGCUGACAUUGUCUUCCUAGGUUGUCGAACUCGACCUUUUCGAUGCUGGCCUCGACGUGGAAUGGACGACUCUGACCGUCCCUGACCUUGCGAAGUCUUGGGACGGUAUCAGGCGUCCGUAUUGGGUCGUGCCUGAAUACCGGCUCCCCACUUGCAAGUUUGUCGGAUGA